GAUACUCUAUAUCUGCCUACAUCAAGGCCGCCAUCUUCGAUUUAAUCGACUCAGUAAUGAACAUGCUGCGUUACACGCUCCGCAAUCCCGGCCUCCGCGCUCCCAUCACUACGACGUCCUCCGUCCGCCCCCUCACUACCACUCGUCCCCAUUUCAAAGACCCCGGCGCCUACAACCCGCCGUCUCGUCCCAAUGACCAACAGUCUCCGGCAUUCGAUGCGCAGUCUUCGGCAUCAACAAAGGGCAAGGCCAGCACCGAAGGGAGUGAUGCCGACCACCCCGCCAAGCAGCCUGAUCCGCAGGCACAGCCUACCAGGGAUACGGGCUUUGGCGGCAGGACGAACGUCGAGGGGGGCAGCGGUAAAAGCGGUCAGACCAGGAAGGGCUCGUGAUCAAUGGAGUCAGAAGAGCGAGAAUGCUGAUCGACGAAUGGGCAGGAGAUUGGGAGCGUGCUUGCUUAUGAGGGCUAGUUUAUUGGUGCGUUGUUCUUCUACAUAAUUAGGGAUUGGAUUCCGCGGUGUGGCGUUAUGUGUGUGACGGGAGUUGAAUGCUUUUUGCUCGCCGUGGAGCUAACUGUACAGAGUAAGCAGGAAAAAGGAAUGAUUCUACCUUCAAUUAAUCGUGCAUACCUC